UUUUGUUUCAGGUCAUAGGUUCUCACCUUGCUGAGCAAAAGAUGGGAGGUGAAGGAAGGAGUUCGAGGAAGGACAAGAAGAAGCCAAAAUCUGGGGGCUUUGAGUCACUAGGUCUGAGUCCGAAUGUGUUCAAGGGAAUCAAGCGCAAAGGGUACAAAGUGCCCACUCCAAUUCAGAGGAAGACCAUGCCUCUCAUCCUUUCUGGCUCUGACAUUGUGGCCAUGGCUCGUACCGGCUCUGGCAAAACGGCUGCGUUUCUUGUCCCAAUGAUACACCGCCUCAACCAGCAUCUUCCUCAGGGUGGAGUUAGAGCCCUCAUUUUGUCCCCUACUAGGGACUUGGCCCUUCAGACUCUCAAAUUCACCAAGGAGCUUGGUCACUUCACAGACCUUCGUGUGAGUUUGUUAGUUGGCGGAGAUAGUAUGGAAAGUCAGUUUGAGGAGCUGGCUCAGAGUCCUGACAUUAUAAUAGCCACUCCUGGUAGGCUUAUGCACCAUUUGUCUGAGGUUGAUGACAUGUCCUUGCGUAGCGUUGAGUAUGUUGUUUUUGACGAGGCUGAUUGUUUGUUCGGCAUGGGUUUUGCUGAGCAGUUGCAUAAAAUUCUUGCUCAGCUUGGUGAGAACCGUCAGACACUGCUCUUCAGUGCUACGUUACCCAGCGCCCUUGCAGAGUUUGCUAAGGCCGGUUUGCGAGACCCUCAGCUUAUCCGGCUUGAUUUGGAAACUAAAAUUAGCCCAGACUUGAAGCUUGCCUUUUUCACUUUGAGGCAGGAAGAGAAGUGUGCGGCAUUGCUUUAUUUGAUUAGGGAGCAUAUUGGUUCUGAUGAGCAGACAUUAAUUUUUGUAUCCACAAAACAUCAUGUGGAGUUUCUUAAUGUAUUGUUUCGAGAAGAGGGUAUUGAGCCAUCUGUAUGUUAUGGCGACAUGGAUCAAGAUGCACGCAAAAUCCAUGUAUCAAGGUUUAGGGCUAGAAAGACCAUGUUGUUGAUUGUUACAGACGUGGCAGCUAGGGGCAUUGACAUUCCAUUACUUGAUAAUGUUAUCAAUUGGGACUUUCCUCCAAAGCCUAAAAUAUUUGUUCAUCGAGUUGGAAGGGUUGCAAGGGCUGGUCGUACUGGUACUGCUUAUUCUUUCUUGACUUCAGAGGAUUUGGCUUACCUUUUGGAUCUUCAUUUGUUUCUCUCAAAACCUAUCAAAGCUGCUCCCACUGAAGAAGAGGUCUUGCAGGAUAUGGAUGGAGUAAUGUCAAAGACUGACCAGGCAAUGGCAAAUGGGGAAACCAUUUAUGGUCGUUUCCCCCAAAAAGUCAUUGACCUUGUUUCAGACAGAGUUAGGGAAGUUAUCGAUACUUCUGCAGAACUGGAAUCAUUGCUGAAAACCUGUACAAAUGCAUUUCGGUUAUACUCAAAAACAAAACCCUUACCCUCAAAGGAGUCCAUUAGAAGAGUAAAGGAUUUGCCCCGUGAAGGGCUGCAUCCAAUUUUCCAGAAUGUGUUGGAAAGGGGGGAGUUAAUGGCACUUGCAUUUUCGGAGCAUUUGAAGAAUUUUAGGCCAAAGCAGACCAUUUUGGAAGCUGAAGGGGAAGCAGCUAAAUCCAAGCAUGUACAGGGCCCUUCUGGCCAAUGGGUUGAUGUGAUGAAAAGGAAAAGAGCUAUUCAUGAAAAUAUUAUAAACUUGGUUCAUGAGCAGCAUUCUAAGAGUAACAUCGAAAAGGAGGAAAUUCAAUCAGAAAUCACUCCUUCCAUGGAAAAAAGGAGAAAAGCAGCAUGUGGUUCUAAGAGAAAGCCACAAAGUUUUAAGGAUGAGGAUUACUAUAUAAGUUCAAUACCUAAAAAUCAACACAUGGAAGCAGGCCUUGCAGUGAAAGCUAAUGAAGACUUUGCUUCAAAUAGGUUGGAAGCAGCUGUCCUGGAUCUAGUUGCAGAUGAUGGCUCUGGCAUUCAGAAACAAAGAUCCAUGUAUCACUGGGAUAAGAGGAGUAAAAAGUACAUCAAGUUGAACAAUGGUGACCGUGUUGCAGCAAAUGGAAAGAUAAAGACAGAGAGUGGUGCAAGAACGAAGGCCACCAAGACUGGUAUAUAUAAGAAGUGGAAAGAACGCUCGCACAGUAAGAUAUCUCUUAAGGGGACAAAUAAUGCUGGUGAUGCUCAGGAAUCAAGUUUGACAGGAUCAUACCGAGGAGGUCGUAGGAAUUUUAAAGGCAGCAAGAAGCAGCAGUCAAUGCCCAAUGCUCAUGUGCGUUCAGAAAUCAAAGAUAUGGAUCAAAUUCGAAAGGAGAGGCAGCAAAAAGCCAACAGAAUUUCUUAUAUGAAGAGCAAGUCUCCAAAGGGUAAAAAAUUUGGCAAAAAUGGGAAAAAAAGAAAAGGCCCCAGAAAUUAAUUAUUCAACGAAAGGAAAAAAGUUUUGCCAUCAAAUUUCUUGUGGCGUCUUAAAAAGGAAAUGGGGGUACAAGGGAUAGUAAGUCACCCAAGUGAUGGGAAAAGGGAAACUUGUUUAUUUAUUUGUUUAUUUUCUUGGUUGGCUAACGAAUUUUGAUUGUUCAAAGUAAUGUUCCUUACACAACUGCCCCUUGGUAAUUUUAAUCUUCAUCAUUUUCUUUUCUCUUUGAAAUUCCCGUUUUCUUAUUUUAGGUGGUGAAGGAGGGUUUUUUUGGUGUAUUUCUACUGCUAAGUUUAGUUUGGUGAUUGUCAACUUAGGCGGUGAUUUAAAUGUUUGUGAUGAAUAAAAUUUGAUACCUUACCUGCUGGAAGUUGAUAUU